AUGACGAUAACCAACGACAACACCACUACCGAGAAUGCGGCUUCGGAGACGACGGCCCUUCUUGCUUCUCGCAACACCAGCGGCGGCUCGGAUGAGGAAAACGACCUUCAACCAGAAGAGGAGGUGGAGGAAGUCGAACCGCAUCAGACUGUUUUGGAAGGAAUCGUCGAGACCAUGCAAGAUGUUGCAGGUGACUUCAACGAGGCUUUGGUGGAAGAAAUCCAAGAAAUCCGAGACAACUUCAAGGACGAACUGUUGGAACGAGAUGAUCAAGAGGAGGACAGGACCUUUGUGAUGGACAUGGGAAUGGCUCGCAACCUGGGUGUGUUGCCCAGUGAUAUUGCGGACGCAGCGCUGCUCUACGAGCCACCGGCUAUGGCUUGUCGGGUUACUCCGAAUGCCUGCAACCUCUUUCCCGAUAGCGUGGUUCACACCCUGCAGCAUCAGCAUCACGAUCCUACUGAUGGAUUCGGAAACCUGGUUGUGUCGGUCGAGGAAUACAAUAAUAACCAUACCAUCGACCCCACAAACAUUCGAAAAACGGAAAUCGAAAACGAAAUGCCAAAAACUGAAAGUCCUUCGCAACCCCAACACACGACGAGGACUCCGCUCAGUGCCUAUCUCUUCUUGUUUGUUGCCAUCAUGUCAAUUUCUGCGACAGGCCCCUUCUUCAAAGUCCAAGAAGAUGUCGAUGCCGUCAUGAAGAUUUUUUGGAGGAACUGCGCCACCAACGUCAUCCUUUUGCCAUUGUUCGUCAUUGGACUCGCGAAGGAUGGAUGGCCAAAAUUGGACCGUUCCCAGUGGGUUGGGGUCUUCCUAGCCGGAUUCUCCUACUCGGCACUGGGUCUCUUCUUUGUCAUGUCACUUGAUUACACUUCUGUUGGAAACGCCAUGAUUCUAUACAAUUCCCAGCUACUCCUUCUCAUAUUUGGAAAAUUCUUUGUCGGCGAACCCAUCUCCCGCCUCGAGUUUACCGGAGCCAUGGUGGCCUUUGCGGGGGCAGUCUUUUGUUCCGUCGAUGCCGCCGAGACCGACAUCACAAGCGGCACCGGCAAUGGAAGUAUGACGCUGCUCGGCGAUAUGCUUGCCUUGUGUGCCGCGUUUGGAGGUGUCGGUUACCUGGUCUUUGCCCAGAGUGUCCGAUCCCACUUGAAUCUUUACGUCUUUAUGUUCCUUAAUAUGUUCCAGAGCUCUGCCUAUGCCUUUCUCUACAUUUGGCUGUCCGGAAAAGACUUUACCUUUGACCUUCAAAGGUACCAUGGGUUGUUUGCUUGGCUCUUGCCCAGUGCAGAUCGGUUGUUCCUUACUAUCAUUGCUGUCGUCUUUUGCAAUCUAUUUGGGGUCAUGGGAUACAUUCGUGCCAUGCACUUUUUUGACAAGCUCGUAAUUUCCGUUGCGGGUUUGAUGGAGCCCGUCGCCUCCACCCUCUUAGCGUUUGGCAUGGGAGUUGGGGACUUACCCGGGUACAAGGGCUGGAUCGGAAAUUUUUUUGUGGCUGUGGGAACCUUUGCGGUUAUUUACAAGCCGGAAGAGAAAUGA